CAUCCCUUGGCAAGACUGCCACGGGAGCUCUGCCCUCACACAGACACAGCCUCCCGUCCCAGCCGCCGGUCCCCGUCUCCGACGUGAGCCCUUUGAGCCAAGUGGCAGCCGGCUCGGAAGCUCUGUGACAGGUGUACGUGACAUGGCGGAGCAGCUGUCUAAAGAACAGGUGGCCGAGUUCAAGGAGGCCUUCACCAGUUUUGACAAGGACGGGGAUGGAAAGAUCGACGUCCAGGAGCUGGGUGCCGUGAUGCAGGCCCUGGGUGAGAACCUGUCGGAAGCCGAGCUGAAGCAGCUCAUCGCCCGGGUGGACACCGAUGGCGACGGCCAUAUCAGCUUCGACGAGUUCCUGGCAGAGAUGGCCGAGAUCAUGAAGUCCUCGGGCAGCAAGGCGGAGAUGCGGGAAGUCUUCCGUGCCUUCGACCUGGACGGCGACGGCCACAUCAGCGUCAACGAGCUCAAGCAGGCCAUGGCCAAGCUGGGCGAGAAUCUUUCCCAGGAGGAGCUGGACGCCAUGAUCCAGGGCGCCGAUGUGGACCAGGACGGGCAGGUGAACUACGAGGAGUUCGUGCGCAUCCUCUCUCAGAAGUGAGGCCCGGCCCGGGGCCCAUCUCCUGCCUGAUUCUGGUCCUCGUGCCUUCUCGGGGCCCCUGCUUCCGUGGC